GCAACAGUGCAAUAUGCGCAACGCUGUUUUCACCCUGUUAAAGAUAGCUAUAUCAUGAUACGAAAGGUUUUCGUUGUUUUUCAAUUGAUUGCAUUGAUAUUUUAUUAAUCGAUCUUUCGAUGAAAGCAACAGAAAUAUAAGGGCGUAAAAGAAAAGAAAAAGAUAUUGUCAAAAGCAAACAGUGAUUAUUUAGAACUGUUAAUUGCUUAAUGAUUAUAGUGCAUUAAUAAGAGUAUCGUUUAUUUCGUCGAUAACAUGGCUCUGAAACAUGUGGUUAUAGGUGGCGGUACCGGCUUUAUCGGAACGCAGAUUAUUAAUUCACUAGCAGGUAAAGGUGUUUCGUAUACGUGUAUAUCUCGCAUGCCUGGACCGAAUCGAAUAUCAUGGCACGAUUUGGAAUGCUACGGUUUACCUGAAAACACAACCGCCGUAAUUAACGUUGCUGGUCAAAAUGUACUUGAUCCGAAACAACGAUGGUCCGAGGGAUUUAAACAAAAUGUUAUAAACAGUCGGGUGAAGACAACCAAGUUGUUAGCCGAAGCUUUGGUAAAUACUAAAGCGGAUGCUUUUGUAACCAUCUCUGGGGUAGCUUAUUACCCACCAAACGAUACAGAAUACACGGAAGAAAGUAAAUGUGAACAGUAUGAUUUCUUGUCCAAACUUUGUCAUGAUUGGGAAGCAGCAGCGCAACUUCCGAAAGAUAGUGAUAUUAGGCAAACGACGAUUAGAUCAGGAGUCGUAUUAGGAAAGCAGGGUGGCAUGAUUAAGCAGAUAUAUUUACCAUUUUUCGUUGGUUUGGGUGGUCCUAUCGGUAAUGGAAAUCAAUACAUGCCUUGGAUACAUGUCACGGAUCUGGUCAAUAUGUUUUUAUUUUCGCUCGAAAACAAAAAUGUACAUGGUAUAUUGAACGGCGUUGCUCCACAGAUUAUAACAAAUAAAGAAUUUACUAAAGUGUUUGCAUCUACUAUGCGAAGACCAGCCUUUAUUCCUGUACCAAAUGUUGCUUUAAAUAUUCUUUUCCAUAAAGAGCGAGCAAAAAUUAUGUUGGAAGGACAAAAAGUUGUACCAAAACGUGUCAAAGAAUUAGGUUUUCAGUACCAAUUUCCUGAUAUUAAUUCUGCUUGUGCUGAAAUACUUGGUAAAACAAUUGGGAAACAGCGGUGAAUAAACUGUCGAAGUAGAAUAUAUAUAUAUAUAUAUUUAUAUAUAUAUUAUGAAGUUAAGGCAUGCUUUUACUUUGUACAUACAAAUAUUUACAUAAAAUAUUAGUUAUUUAAAUGUG